UAGAUUCUCCUAUCGAGCAUAUAGAGUUGUUACUGCAAAGUGGAUGUGAGCAUGAAGUUCGCAUGGUUGGUAUAUGUGGCGUUUGGUGGAAUUGGAAAAACAACUCUGGCAAAAGCUAUCUACAAUCGAAUAUUUCAACAGUUUGGUGGUAGUUGCUUUCUUUCAGACAUUAGAUCAAAAGCUGAAGAAUUGGGUCUAGUCAAGCUACAAGAAAAAGUACUUUGUCAAAUUCUCAAAACUAAGGAAUUCAAAGUUGAUAGUGUUGCUGAAGGUGUCAAUCUAAUCAAAGCAAGACUUGGGUCAAAGAAGGUUCUAAUUGUUCUUGAUGACGUGGAUCAUAGAAGCCAAUUAGAAUCCUUAACAAGAGAAAGAAGUUGGUUUGGCUCUGGUAGUGUAAUAAUUAUUACAACCCGAGACGAGCAUUUGCUAUAUGGGCUUACAACAAGUGAGAUAUACAGGGCCAAACUUUUAAAUGACAAUGGAGCUCAACAACUUUUUUCUUGUCAUGCUUUUAACAGUCUUUCUCCACCACAUGAAUAUUUUGAGCUGGCCCAAAACAUAAUUAAAUAUUCAGGUGGGCUACCAUUAGCUCUUGUGACAUUGGGGUCACAUUUUCAAGGGAGAUCCGUAGAAGAAUGGAGAAACGAGUUCAAAAAACUAAGAACAAUUCCUCAUUUUGAUAUUCAAAAGAUUCUCCAGAUAAGCUUUGAUGGACUUGAUGAUAAUACUCAGGGUGUUUUCCUUGAUAUUGCAUGCGCCUUCCAUGGAUGUGAUGAGGAUGAAGUUACCAAAACAUUAAACGCCUGUGGUUUUUAUUGUGAAAGUGCAAUUGCAACUCUAGUCAAAAGACACUUGCUCCAAAGGGAUUGGCGUUGUUUGGUGAUGCAUGAUCUUGUGCGGGAUAUGGGAAGAGAAAUUGUUCGCAGGGAAUCACCUCAAGACUCUGGGAAACGGAGUAGAUUGUUCAACCCUCAAGAAGUCCAUGACAUUCUACAAGGAAAUAAAGGUUCCGAAAAUAUAGAAGUAUUGGUGUUAGAACGACAUGCAUUAAAGGGUGUGAAGCUGAGCACAAAAGCAUUUCAGAAAAUGAUAAAACUUAGGGUGCUUAAAAUCGACGACUUACAUAUUAGUGGAGAUUUUGAGCUAUUGUCCAAGGAGCUCAGAUGGUUGUCUUGGAAAGGAUGUCCUUUAAAAUGUAUACCAUCAAAUUUUCCAGCUGAGAAACUUGUAAUCCUGAAUAUGAAAGGGAGCAAUAUCGAAGAAUUUGGUUUGAAUUUGCAGUAUUGUAGAAGUUUGAAGGAGCUGAAUCUUUCUAAUUGCAAACACCUCAGAAGUACUCCAAACUUCAGGGGUUCACGAAGUCUUGAAACUUUGUCGCUUGAGAAUUGCUCAAGUCUAAAGAAGAUCCAUCCAUCAAUAGGAAUUUGGAAAGACUAAUUGAUCUUCAAUUGAGUGGUUGCAAAAAGAUUACGGAUCUUCCGAGCAGCAUAUGCCAGCUAAAAUCCCUUGAAUACUUGAACAUUAAUUUCUGCUCAUCUUUACAAACACUGCCAGUUGACAUUGGAGAUAUGCAAAGCCUAACUCAUCUUUGUGCAUGGGGUACGGGUAUAAAACAGUUGCCUGGAUCUGUUGAAAUGUUGAGAAAUCUUAAAAAAUUGCGAGUGGGAGAUGAAACUUUAGAGGCCGAAAGGAGUUUUUCUCGAAGAAGAGUCCGCCGCAUAGAAUCCUUAUCUAAUUUUAUUUCGAAUAUAUGUCUUGCAUACUGUGGUUUCUCUGAGGCUGAUAUUCCUAGGGAUAUUGGGAGAUUAUCCAACUUACAUCAUUUAGAUUUGAGGGGCAACAAUUUCCUCUAUCUACCCUUUGAUUUUUCCAAGUUACCAUUGUUGGUGUUCUUGUAUUUGAAUGAUUGUAAGAAUCUUCAAACACUCCCGUCAAUAUCAAAUUUA